AUGGAAAUGGAAAAUCAAAACUCCACUGUAACCCAUUUUGUUUUCUUGGGAUUUUCAAAUGAACCAUUGAUCCAAACAUUCCUCUUCAUCACAUUCUUGCUUAUAUAUCUCAUAACACUAAUGGGAAAUAUAAUAAUUAUGAUGAUAAUAAGGGGCAAGAGCAGUCUCCAUGGCCCAAUGUACUUUUUCCUGAGUCAUCUGUCUUUUAUCGAUAUCUGUUUUUCUUCAGUCACAGUGCCAAAGCUGCUAGCCAAUGUCUGUGGGAACUGGCGAAUUUCAUACAAUGGUUGCAUUACCCAGCUGUUUUUUAUUUUUCUACUUGGAACUGUAGAAGUUUUUGUGCUUGCAGCAAUGGCUUAUGAUCGAUAUGCUGCCAUCUGUAAGCCCUUGCAUUAUGUACAAAUAAUGAACCAGGCAUUUUGCAGAAAACUGGUGGGAGGUGCAUGGGUUAUAGCUUUCACACAUGCAUCAGCAAAUACAAUACCAGCAAUGAAGCUAGUUUUCUGUGGUCCAAACAUUAUCAAACAUUUCAGCUGUGAACUUCCAUCUUUACUUGCAUUAUCUUGUUCUGAAACUUUCCUGAAUAGUGUUACAUUCUUCAUUUCUGCUGUUAUACUCAUAUCCUUUUCAUUAUUUCUUAUUUUAUGGUCUUAUUUCAACAUUGUCUCUUCAGUCCUGAAGAUUCAUUCAGCAGAGGCUAGAAGAAAAACUUUUUCCACUUGCAGCUCUCACCUUAUUGUUGUGAUUCUAUACUUUAGUACUGGAUGCCUUAGGAAUAUGAGGACAAACUCAGCCUCCUCAAUUGUUAUGGAAGAGUAUUUUUCUAUUCAAUACACCAUUUCAACCCCCAUGCUGAAUCCCAUUAUCUAUAGCCUAAAAACCAAGGAAGUGAUGGAAGCCAUCAAGAAAUUAAUUAGAUCAAAAAUUGUCACUAUUCACUUCUGGGAGGACAUAUGUAAAAAUGAGAAUCCCAAAAUAAAUGAAGACUACAUAGAAGGGAGACUUAAUCUAGUAAUAGGCGUACAUGCUGUCAGUUUGCUGGGCUUUCCCUCUCUUGCUUGCCCACCUGUUUGCCUCUGA